AUGACGCCGCCCCGGAUGGACAAGGAGGGGCGGCUGUGGUGCCCAGAAGCACUCGCCGCAGAGCGCGCAAAGGCCACCUUUGACCCUAAAGAGCUCUCCGUCUACAUCUACGGCAAGGAGUACCUCGACCGCAAGGCCAAGAUUCUUGCUCUCCUUGAAGCAGAGCCCAUCUUCAACAAAUCAGUCAACUACUACCAAGGCCGCGCAGACCGUCUCAAGCGUGCGCUCGAGCGUGGAAAACGAUCCACCCAACUCGCAAAGCAGCAUGAUUGGAACAUGGAUGAUAUUGCUAUGGCUGACUUUUUGGUGGAUGAGCCAGGACCGUAUGGUCUCCACAAGUCCAUGUACUUGAUCACCCUUCGUGAUCAAACAAACGACGAGCAAAAGGAACUCUUCGAGAAACCAGCUAUUGCCUAUGAUCACAUUGGUUGUUAUGCACAGACUGAACUCGGUCACGGCUCCAAUGUGCGUGGACUCGAAACCACAGCCACUUGGAUUGAAGCGUCGCAGGAGUUUGAAAUCAAUACCCCAACCUUGACGGCCACCAAGUGGUGGAUUGGCUCGCUGGGUCGUACUGCCAACCACGCCGCCGUCAUGUGUCAGCUCAUUGUCAAGGGCAAGAACCUCGGUCCUCACCCCUUCAUUGUCAAUAUUCGUGACUUGAAGACACACAAACCCCUCAAGGGCGUGACUGUCGGUGAUUUGGGUCCCAAGUUUGGUUACAACACAAUGGACAAUGGUUUCCUCCAGUUUGACCAUGUUCGCAUUCCUCACAUCAACAUGUUGGCCAAGUAUGCUAGCAUUGACCGCAACACGGGACAAUACCUCAAACCAGCAAAUGCAAAGUUGGCCUACGGUACCAUGACUUGGGUGCGUUCUCGUAUUGUUAUGCACGCUCGAUUGGUUCUGGCACGCUCAGCCACGAUUGCCGAUAAAGACGCAAAGGACCAGUCUGGUGAGACACCCGUCAUUAACUACUCCACGACGCAAUACCGACUCUUCCCCAUUCUUGCACAGUCGUUUGCUUUGCACUAUGUUGGUUUGCAGAUGGGUAGGUUGUAUGAGACCAAUAUGAAGCAAAUGUCCAAGGGCAACUUUGAGCUUCUUGCAGACUUGCACGCAACCUCAUCGGGUCUCAAGAUUUGGUCCACGACAACGGCUGUUGGUGCCAUUGAAGUGGCUCGUCGCGCUUGCGGUGGUCAUGGAUUCUCCAUGUUUUCCGGUCUCGCACACGCCUACCAGGACUACCUCCCUGAAGUGACAUGGGAGGGUGACUCGCAAAUUCUCUCUCAGCAACUCGGUACCUACCUCCUCAAAACGGCACGUUACGUGUUUGCUCAACGUCCUGGACAUGUCAAGAAAUCCAUCACGAACCCAACCAUUGAGUACCUCCUCAACUACCAAAACGACCCACACUUCAAAUUGAAGGGUAUGAUUCAAGAUGGUCAGUAUUUGGUGAAGCUCUUUGGUCAUCGUGCAGCGUAUGCAGUCGCUCAAGUUGCUCGUCGUCGUGACCAGCUCGGCGAGACAUGGAACUCUUUGUUGCACGAGAUUUAUGAGAUGGGCAUGGCGCAUUGCGAGUACAUGCUUGUCAAGUACUUUUGGCAAGCCCUGACCACAGACGAACAACUUGCACAGGGUAAACCCUUGCGUUCUGUGAUUGAACCACUCUUCAACUUGUUUGCCUUGACGACUCUUGAGUCCAAGGCUGCAGAGUUCUUUGCUGCUGGUUGUUUCUCACAGGGCUUGUAUGAGGAGACCAAAGUGGAGAUUCUCAAAGCACUUGCACAAGUCAGGCCGAAUGCUGUGCCGUUGGUGGAUGCAUUUGACUUUCCAGACUUUUUGCUGCAGAGCUCCUUGGGUAGGUUUGAUGGAAAUGUCUACCCUGAUAUGAUUGAUCGUGCAUCGCGCGAGCCUGCGAAUGCAUCCAUCAUCAACAAUGAUUAUCGUUCUGCAGAACUCGUGCGUGGUGAAGCACAGAGUGAGCUGUUGAUUGCUGCAUUCAAGGCACAAUCCAAGCCUUCCCUUUAG